CUCAGAGCGCGCACUACGACGCGCCUUCCUAUUGCUCGUUUCCCUCACUCGGCGCGUUUCGCUCAUUCAGCGCGCUUCCCACCCACCGCACCUAGAUCCCGACCACCGCCUAAGGAUGCCGGUCAGACGGUGGAUCCCAUCUUGUUUUCUCAGAUCCGUCAGCGCAUCGUUCAAAGGCACAAUGCAUCCACUGUGGAGGUCGAUGAGGACCUUGUCAAUCGAAGUAUCUUCCAAAUUACUUCUGCGCUGAAGAAUAAGGAUCUUUCCCUCGCUCGCCGCUCUUGGGAGGAGCUCGAGCGUGUGAAGUGUCUCCAUUUUAUUGGCCCACAGCUCUUGGAGGAAAUCGCGAAGCUCGCUAUGACGCACUCCCCUACCGACUCUCUGUUAUCCCGGUGGAGCCCAGACGGACAAGAAUUCGUCGAAAGCGUUGUGUUGGCUGCUGCCUCGCGCCGUUCCCUCUCCCCAUUACAAAACUGUAUGCUCAAAUACCUCCAACGUGAAGACGCCAACGCAGCUCUAAAGCUGUACGCAAAAUUCACGCAGCUUCACACGGAGUCGACUGCUUCUGAUGUCGAGCCAUUAGAGGAAGAGGUCGUGGUUCUCAAACCAAAGUCCGAAACAUCGCCGUCGGACCUCUUCCUCGUCGUCGUAGCAGCUUAUGCACAUCUGGAUGCAUUCGAGGAUGCAGCACGAGCCUACCUUGGUAUGGAGCAGCAAAUGGAUCGACAUUCUUACCACCCCAUGUCGCGCCGGCUGCCUCUGAAAACCAAAGCGAAGUUUUUGUAUUUCGUGCAAAGGCUCGACGUGGUCAGAUCGGUCUCUCGACCCUUGACACUCUCGAAACACAUCGACAAUCUCUCGAAGCACCCGCAGUCAAAUCGUGCUGCGCUCCAAGAGUUGUAUGAGUCGGUGAUGGAUACCGUUUUGGAGCCCGAUGCCUGUGUCGCGCCAGACGACGAGCGACGAACACCCACGAAGAUAGUGGGCAUGUCAGAGUUGAUCUGGGCCUCGUUUCUGACCGCCUUUCUGCGGCGAUCCGAGAACGAGAUGGCGGCCAAGGUGUGGAAGCACAUGACUCAGCUGGGAGUAAAACCCGGAAUCUUAACGUGGAAUCUGGUCAUCGCUGUUUACGAGGACCGUCGGUCAGUCCGCGAGGCAUUGGGUGCCUGGGAUGCGAUGGUGGCUCAGGGUGUACAACCAGACGGGGCAACAUUUCGCUCAGUCAUCUCUUGUUUGUUCAGCGCUCGUCAAUCUGACGAUGCGGUGAGGUGGUUCAAAGCGUUUGUCGAAAAAACUCAGAGCCGGUGCUCUCAGGCGCAGACGAUCGCCAUCUACAACGCGAUGCUCCAUGGUUUCCUCCAGGAGAAGAAGAACGAAGCCAAGGCGAUGGAGUUAUUCAGGCUGAUGCUUGCCGAGGGGCCUGAACCCGAUUUGGUCUCUUACAACACGCUCAUGGGCUAUCAUGGACGUUGGGGCGAUCUCAAGGCCAUGGCUGCUGUUAUCCAGGAGAUGUCUGCAAAGCAAGUUGCCGGCGACGUGUUUACAUAUUCCACCAUCCUCUCCGCUCUACUGAAGGUCGGCCGCACCGACGCGCCGCAGAUGGUCAUUGGAAUCAUGCGACGGCAGGGAGUGAAGGCCAAUGUUGCCAUCUACACUGCGAUCAUCGACGCCCAGAUGCGAGAACAGACGGUCGCCAGUCUGCAGAUCGCCAUGAAGAUGUUGGACGGAAUGGAGAACGACCCCGACACAGCUCCGAACCAUAUCACCUACACCACCAUUCUCGCAGGGCUAUAUCGCGGCACAUGGCUCACUCCCGAACAAAUCCAGCACCAAAAAGACGACAUCGUGGCCCGGAUGAAGAGAAGGAAGAUCGUGUUGGAGCCGGGAGGAUACAAUAUUCUCAUCAAUGCAUGUCUACGAUGGCCAGAUUCGCAGGGGCUCGAGGAGGCGCUCUGGUUCUAUCGCGAUAUGACACGCCGUCGAGUUCCACUGGACACUUCUACAUGGUACAUCUUAUUGGCGGGGUCCUUGGCACGCGGAGAGUGGAAACUUGCCCGAGAGAUUGCGGAGGACAUGUUCGCUUCUAACAUUCAGCCGACUAAUAGCAUUCUGCGAUUAGUAGACCAAAUUAGAGAGCGGGGAAUACACCGAUAACUGUUCGUCCUCACCUUGCAAUUAUCCCCAAAUGAAGGCCUUGGUCAGGCCGUAUUGUAAAUAGCGGGUGUAAGCUGAAAUGACUUGAGGCGGUCAAGAGACGGAUGAAGGCACCGAACGAACCCCACAUGCUCCAUCGUCUCCCCAACCAUUUUCCGAACAAGGGAAAGAGGACUAUAGAGACGAGCUGAUGCAGCUGUUCCAGGCUUUCCUCCCACUCCUUUUGCGCUAGGGCGUACUCCUCGUCUGAGUCGUAGGAACGCUGAGAGGACACAUCUGAAUCCACCGAGUCGGUGAUGGAAUGAGGCAUGAUGAUGAAGAGGUAAAGCGUAAACACGCUACCGGCAGCAUCGCGGCAAAAGCCGGCCUGCCAACACUAAUGAUUGCGCGCUCCACUUCAUCUCUACCUCUCCCGCCAUAUCACACAGCGUGUCCGACAUGCACUCCCACCGCAAACUGGGACUAGUGGGUCGGCCACUGCUCUAUGCAAUAUCUGUCUUCGCCAGUCUCGGCGUCUUCCUGUUCGGAUAUGAUCAAGGAGUCAUGAGUGGUAUUAUUACCGGGCCCUACUUCAUCAAAUAUUUCAACGAGCCUACUGCUAUCGAACUGGGGAUGAUGGUCUCGGUGCUGGAGAUCGGCGCUCUUUUCUUCUCUCUCGCCGCUGGUAGGGUCGGAGACAUUUUCGGCAGGAAAGGGACACUGUUCAUUGGGGCCGUCAUUUUCACGGUUGGCGGGGCCAUCCAAACCUUCACGGUCGGGUUCUGGUCUAUGAUCGUCGGGAGAGUUGUCAGCGGAUGUGGUGUCGGGCUCCUGUCGACUAUCGUUCCUAUCUACCAGAGCGAAAUAUCCCCACCCAACCAUGUGCGCCGUUCCAUUCGGGCAGUCCUCCGUUGCUGAAUAGCCAUGAACAGCGCGGCGCGUUAGCGUGCAUGGAGUUCACGGGCAACAUCUUCGGUUACGCUUUCUCCGUUUGGACGGAUUACUUUUGUUCGUUUAUCGAAUCUGAUCUCUCGUGGCGCAUCCCGCUUUUCAUUCAAUGCGUCAUCGGUGCCAUUCUCGCCAUCGGGUCACUGGUGAUGCCUGAAAGUCCUCGUUGGCUCAUUGAUGUCGACAAGGAUGAAGAAGGCAUGGGUGUGAUUGCGGACCUCCAUGGCGGCGAUCCAGACAACGAGCUAGCGGUCGCCGAAUUCCAAGAAAUCAAGGAGAAAGUAUUAGAAGAACGCGAUUCGGGAGAAGCACGAUCCUACAUGCAAAUGUGGAAGCGUUAUAAGCGACGAGUAUUACUCGCGAUGUCUUCUCAAGCGUUCGCCCAGCUCAACGGAAUUAACGUAAUCUCCUACUAUGCUCCUCGAGUAUUUGAAGAGGCCGGUUGGGUUGGCCGUGACGCCAUUCUCAUGACUGGCAUCAACUCGAUCAUCUACAUUCUAAGCACACUACCGCCUUGGUAUCUUGUGGAUCGCUGGGGUCGUCGUCUCAUUCUCAUGUCUGGCGCCGUCAUCAUGGCCAUUGCCCUUGUUGCAACUGGUUAUUGGCUAUACAUCGAUGUCCCCUUUACACCUCAGGCUGUUGUCGCUUGUGUGAUUAUCUUCAAUGCUGCCUUUGGCUACAGCUGGGGACCUUUGCCUUGGUUGUAUCCCCCCGAGAUCAUGCCUCUCACCAUUCGUGCCAAAGGUGUCUCAUUGUCUACGGCGACUAAUUGGUAACCUUCAUGUCAUGUUCUGGAGGAUAUCAUUGACAUCUGUUAGGGCCUUCAAUUUCUGGGUUGGUGCGACUACACCAAUUUUCCAGGAGCUGAUAGAGUGGCGACUCUACCCGAUGCACGGUUUUUUCUGUGUUUGCAGCUUCGUUCUCGUUUAUUUCCUUUAUCCGGAAACGAAGGGGGUUCCGUUGGAAGAGAUGGACGCUGUCUUUGGCGAGGAAGACCGAUUAGAUAGUGAAUCAGAGAGGGCGUCGAUCAUGGAGUCGGAGAGAGUAGAUUCAGAGCGAGCCGCGCUGAUAGCCUCGCAUCGCUCUCCGAGACAAGGCUGGUUUGGCUGGCUCAAGCGCGAGAGCCCGGGACCUGCGUAUGAGCGUGUGGCUGAUGACGAGUAGGACUCUAAUGGCACUCACCAUUCAUUCAACAUGUAGUAUCUCCUAUCACUGCUAGCACCAGCAUAUCUAUCCUACGCAUAUUCAAUCUACUACAAAUUCGAUAACUGGAAGUUUCGAAGUUGUUGUUCGUUGUUGACAUGCACACUUGUCGUAAAGCACUCUCUACUACACACCUCAUGCUAUAACUGCGCGGGUAGCAUGCUUGGUCGUUACCAAAGCUUCCUCCCUCAUUGCAGAAUCCUCCGAAAGUCGUAUCAUGACUACGUCCGAGCAGGCAGUCCUGGUGGUCUAAUCCGCGUGCCGCUCUCCUCACCCAAGGUCAUCGGGACUGCCACGUCGCGUGGAACGCGAGGGCAGCAAGAAGACUUCUAUUCCUUCGCGACCCUGUCUCUCGAUCCAAAUGAACUCGCCCUGAGCGUCAAAAAAAUGCACGGAGUGGUCUGGGAUCCGUCUCGAGUCGGCGACGUCCUCGCACGCCAGGCCGUUCUCGUGGGGAUAUACGACGGGCACGGUGGGUCCGGCGUCUCGCAGUACCUGCGGCAGGAGCUCCACGGUCUGGUGGAAUCGGUGGAUAAGUCGAUGGUGCCCGAGUUGUACGACUGGAUUCGCGAACUCGGGGGCUACUUCAAACGGUUCAAGGGCGGCGCGUUGAUGCCAUGGGUCAAGAAGAAUGAGAACGCCCCGUUGUUGGAUCUGGAGGCCCGUAUGACCCUGGCCUUCUUUGAGGUCGAUCGAAAUAUCUCAGUGGAUCCCAUGGCGCAGAGUUGUGGUGCGACCGCGUCUGUGGCUAUUCUACACUCCCUAGAUGCACCCGCGACUCCCUUCUUCGCUGCAGAUCGACUGGCCUUAACGUAGGUCGAUCAAUCUGAAUUGCGCUGUGACAUUGACCAACUCCGAUCAGGGUUGCACAUUGCGGAGAUACGCGGGUCAUACUUUGCUCAACAGACGGAGGCAAAGCGAUUCCCAUGACGGAGAAUCAUCAUGCCGAUGCGCGGGUUGAGGCCAUCCGUCUGCGGAGGAUGAUGGGCAGCGCAUUGACGACUGACUCCUUUGGAGAGUCAAGAUGGAUGGGCGCUCUCGCCAACACACGAUGUCUUGGUGACUUGCGAUACAAAAAGUUUGGGGUGACCCCGGAGCCAGAAGUGCGGACGAAACUUUUGAAAGGUUCUGAGUGGGCAUAUGCUGUGCUUGUUUCCGAUGGGAUCUCGUCCAUGUUAUCGGACAGCGAGAUUGUGGAUCUUGCCAGAGGUGCUGCCGAUCCGAAAGCCGCAGCAGAAAACAUACUUUCGUUCGCUGAGGAGCUGGGCGGAGAGGAUAAUGCCACAGUCAUUGUCGUGCCAUUUGCCGGAUGGGGAAAGGCAGGUAUCUCAUUACUUGCACUCUUUUCCACAUUAACAAAGAUGCAGAUUCAAGGCCCCGACUCGACGAAAGACCUUAGAGAGUACCGCCGUCAACAAUCUG